AUGCCGGGAGAGAUGGGCGAGCGGGGUCUCAGGGGCCCCUCUGGACCCUCGGGGGCCCCGGGGAGAGACGGGCUGAAUGGAGAAGACGGUCAGCCGGGUUCACCUGGAGCUCCUGGACCUCCGGGCCUGUGGGGCUACAGAGGAGAACGAGGGUCCGAAGGGGAAAAAGGUGAUGAGGGUCUCAUUGGUCUGAAGGGUCCCAGAGGGGACGUUGGUGAACCUGGUGAGAAGGGUUCUACUGGUCUACCGGGUCCUCCUGGUCCUGUUGGACGCCCAGGGCCUCAGGGGAUCCGCGGUGGCUACGGGCCAGAGGGGCCUCGGGGGCCCGAUGGGGAGAGUGGACUGGACGGGCCCCCAGGUCUGACCGGCCCCACGGGUGCAGCAGGGAUUACAGGACGAGUUGGAGCUCAAGGAGUUAAUGGCUCCAGGGGGGACCUGGGACCUGCUGGCAGUCUGGGUCCCAAAGGGCCACAGGGGCCCCCGGGUUUAGAGGGACAGGUGGGACCUCCAGGACUCCGAGGACUCCAAGGACAUCAGGGACCGGUCGGGGCCCCCGGACCUAAAGGAGACCCUGGGCCGGUGGGGCCCAUGGGGGCCCGGGGGGACCCCGGCUUUGAGGGCCCGAUGGGUCCUGGUCCCAGAGGACCAGACGGGGACAAGGGGGACCCAGGACCUAAAGGGGACAAAGGUGUUGAGGGGCCAGCAGGUAUCAGGGGCCCUCAGGGAGAGAGGGGCCCCUCCGGCUUCCAGGGGUUUGAAGGCCUGAAGGGCCAGCCAGGCCCUAAAGGCCCCGAGGGCACCAACGGAGAAACGGGACCUCAGGGGAAACAAGGCGGCCGGGGGUCAAAGGGAAACAGGGGACCAGAUGGACGUAACGGCAAACCAGGACCCAGAGGGAACAAGGGCCGGACGGGGAAGAAAGGCCACGCUGGACAACCAGGUCCAUCGGGUCCUUCGGGUGCAGCCGGCGGCGGCGGCAGUAAAGGAUUGGCGGUAAGGAACCUCACGGUGACCUCAGCCUUCAGUCCUCCAGCUCGGCUUCUCGCCUCUUUGCCACAAAGCUGCAGGGGUUUUCAAGGAUUGGCCGGGGAGAGAGGAGCCGACGGCCCACCAGGAUCUCUGGGGCCAGCAGGGAAACCAGGACCUCCAGGACCACCAGGACCCCCCGGAGACAAGGGUUUCACAGGGAAGCCGGGCGUGGAGGGACCUCAGGGCCCAGUAGGCAUGUAUGGUCUCCAGGGGAACCUGGGCAUGCGUGGGCCGACGGGGUUCUCAGGAGAACGGGGCCUGCCGGGUCCUCCAGGAGACUCGGGCCCCCGGGGGCCUCAGGGUCGUCAUGGAGACGAAGGAUCCAAAGGGAUUCAGGGAGCUCCAGGCCCUCCAGGUCUCCCAGGAGGUGACGGGGCAGCUGGUAAACCUGGACCCAGAGGAAGCUCCGGGCCCCCAGGACCUCAGGGGCCUCAGGGGCCCGCAGGAAUCCCAGUGAGGGCCGACGGGGGCCGACGGGUUAUCAGGAGCAGCAGGGGAACGGGGCCACAAGGUAAACUAUGUAACAGUGAAGAUGUUCAGUGUGAAACCUUCAUUAAUGUUCAGUUAGUAAUGCUGCUGCUGAUCCUGCAGGGUUUACCUGGAUCACCUGGGGAUGCUGGACCCACAGGACAGGACGGAGAACAGGGUCUCCCUGGACAAACAGGAAAUGAAGGACCUCCUGGACGAAAAGGAGACCAGGGGGACCAGGGCUCCUGUGGUAAACUUGGUCCUCCGGGGCCCCCAGGAGAGAGAGGAGUCGGGGGCCUGAAAGGCUCCCAGGGCCCCCCGGGACCAGCAGGUAAAGAGGGUGAUGUGGGACAUCCUGGAGACUCUGGAGACCCUGGACCUAAAGGAGACAAGGGUGAGGGGGGUCCUCAGGGUCUGUCUGGUCGAGAAGGCCCCUGGGGAGAUCUGGGAGAAAAUGGAGGAAGGGGCCCGAAAGGGGAGAAGGGCCACAUCGGACUGAUGGGUGAACCGGGGCUGAUGGGAGAAGUGGGACCUGCAGGUCUGAGGGGUUUACAGGGAAUCACAGGCUCCAGGGGCCUCCCGGGGCCAGACGGACCUCAGGGACACAAGGGGGAGUCUGGACCUGCAGGACUGACUGGAGCUCCGGGGUCAGGAGGUCUUCAGGGAAUGAGAGGAGCUGGUGGUGUCAGAGGAGACUCAGGGGGGAUGGGCCCUCCUGGUCCAGUAGGACAGGUUGGACCUCAGGGAGACCAGGGAGCUAAAGGGGAAGAGGGCCCACCAGGACUGAAGGGAGAACCAGGAGCUCCAGGUCCAGCUGGGGAACAGGGUGAGGAGGGUCUCCCGGGGGUCCAGGGUCCUCCAGCUCUGCCGGGGUUAGAGGGGCCUCCUGGAGAGAUGGGCCCCCAGGGCCCCCCAGGUCCCUCAGGGGCUCCUGGUGUGAUAGGAAGACCUGGACCUGAGGGGAACCAGGGCUCAGCAGGGGAGAAGGGAGACGACGGCAAAGAUGGAUCAUCAGGGAGGACGGGUCAUGUUGGAAGGAGGGGGAAACGGGGGAAGGCUGGAGUCAGAGGGACCAGAGGGGACAGAGGACCCAAGGGCCUAAAAGGAGACCCAGGACCGAUGGGCGUCCCCGGGUGGCCCGGCCUCAUCGGAAUCCCGGGUCUACGAGGAGAGUCAGGGGAUCACGGUGAAAAAGGCAGAGAGGGGGAGAAAGGAGACAUGGGACUGGUGGGACCAGCUGGAGGUGACGGCAUGAAGGGUAUCCGUGGUGCUGUUGGGUUGUCAGGGCAACCAGGACCAACAGGAGAACAGAUCUAUGACAUUUAG